AUGCAACCCAAUAAUAGUAGAACCAGCAUUUUUGCACAAACCAAUGUAAACAAUCCUCCUCUCCAGGGACAGAAUGCCAUGAAUUCAUACGCAUAAACCUAUAGCGGAAUAUUUUAGCAAUAAAGCUAAUCCAAUAUCCAAUCACAACAAUAACAGAAUCUAUAGCCUAUAGUCUAGCAGUAACAGCUUUAAUAAUAACAAUACCCAUAAUAUUAACAAUAAUAAUAAUUGCAAUAAUAAUAACAAUAACAAUAAAUAUUUCCAAAUAAUAAUCAACAAUAAUAGUAGAUUGAUCAAAAUCCUAGUAAUAUAGCAUAAUACAAUCAGCAAUUCCAACCUAUCUAUUAAGAACCUGAUAACUUUACUAAUCCUAAUGCCAUACCCCAAAAAAUCGAUCUUCAAUUUUAUGGAAUAUAUGAAAAGGUUUAUUACAUAAAGGCUUAUCUAUUAUUAAGAUUUAAAAAUUGGUAAAUUCUCUAUCAUUAUAAUCAUACCAAAAAAAAUACAGCUGAGUCUCAUGCUAAAAUUAUUGUUAAAAACUUUUAAGAAUUCACUUAAUUAGAAUAUGAUGUUACUUAUGUUGUGAGUACAGAUGAAGGUUUCUGGAUACUUAAAAUUACUGACUUAGAUAGAAUUUACAUGGUCUUGUAUGAUAACAAUUUCAGAAGAGAUUUAGCAUUUUAGGUUUUUGAGGAAUAUUAUAAAUGUCUUACUGAGUAGGAGUAGUUAGUUAAAAUAUAAGAUAAUAUUGAAUUAUAUAAACAGAUAAAUGAAAAGUUAGAGAUGUUAACUCAACAAUAUGAACAAAAAAUAAUUGAAAAUAAAGAGACUGGAUUAAAUUUUGAGUAUUCCAAGGUUGAUUUUUCAUAAGCAUACUUUUCCAUAGGGUUGAGUGAACAAUGCUAAAUGAACAAUGUUGAAAAAGUUAUUUUAUAGACCUAAAAUAAUCGGAUUCAUCCAGCCUUUUAAGGAACCAAUUUAUUUACAGAUUUAAAGUCUAAUUUGUAGCCAAUAAUAUCGAUAUGUAUAUGUGUUCUAUUAAUAUUGAUCGUGAUUCUUUUACUAUACAACUAUGUCAUCAAAGAUAUUUUAACUUCGCAAUAAAGUAAUUCCGGAAAAGUCUCCUAAAAACAUCUACUAAAUCAUUUGAUUAAAAAAUGA